AUGUCCGCACCCAAACCCAAUAAUAUCCUCCGCCGCAACCGCGGAAACAACACCACCACCACCACCACGACAACCACAAACCCAACCCAGCGUCCUCCCGCCCAGGCCAUCCCCGACUUCGCCCAAAUCCAGCCCGAACAACUAGUGCCCACCCCCGAGCAGCAGCGGCGAUUUGAGAGAACAGGUGGCUUUGGCACACCCCCGAAAGAAUACCGUCUCCGCUUCUACUGCCUGACAUGUCAGAACCGGCCCAACCACAACGGCGCAUGUGCCACCGCCAAAAAGCUCAAUGCUGCAAUGCCGACGCGGUUUGCGUGGCAUUAUGGCGCGUAUUCUAGUCCGCAUGUGUGGGACUGGGAGUUGGGGAUUGAGUUUUGUCCUCCUUUGCCUCCUUCUGAUGCUACUUCUGGUGGUGCUCCUCCUGCUGCUGCCGCUAGGAACGGAAAUGGGAAUUGGAACGUCACUGCGAAGGUGAAGGAGGUGGUGAGGGCGGUUGUUGGGCCGUUGAAGGACCCUGCUCCUCCUGCUGCGGCUGCUGCGACUGCUUCCGCGGCUGCGCCAAAGAAGCAAGAGGGGACGGUGAAGAAGGUGAUUCAGGGGUUGAGGAAGAAGAACGGGGAGAAGAGUGAGACUGCGACAGCGGUGCCGACACCUGUGGUGCCGCCGCCGUUUAAGGUGGAUGAUUUCUUGGCUGGGCUGAAGGCGAAGGGGGUUACGUACAAGACAACGCCUGAGGCAUUUCCGUAG